CGGUCAUAUACUAAGUUGUGUAUCACAUUUAACUAUUCGUCAAUCAAUGUUCUAAGACGCAUGAUGUAAAUAAAUCUUGUGAAAGUCAUGUGAUGCCGCCCCCUUUUUGAAGUGCACAUCUGCGAGUAUCAAGUCUAGAUGCCAGAAAUGUCUUGUCAAAACUUCAACAUCCCAAAUGUACCACCAGACUUAAGACGAGAGGAGACUGUUCAUCAGAUUGCAGACUCCCUGAGUUAUUUGGACCAAGUGGCCAAUGAAGUAUUUAAAAGAAUAAGCAACAAACUCAACGAGAACCGAACAAGGCUCCAGAGAGUCAAUGACAGGAUAAGCUUAGCCCAGGCCAAAGUGGACAAAAUCAAAGGCAGCAACAAAGCCACCAAGGUGUUUGCCUCGGCUAAAUACCCAGUGUCUGAAGACUUGGAGGAGUAUGGGCUGAUAUUUCCCCUACAGAGCAGCAAUGGCCUACGUGAAAUCAAUCGGCCACAUUACAGAGUAUCCUCCAAACAUAAGGGACUCGAUGAUAAAUCCCUGAAGGAGAAAUUACAGUUCUACAAUGUUCAUCUAAAACUGAAGCAUAAAAAUGAUGCCAGCCAGAGGGAUGGACUUGGAGGAUUACCAAAAUCAAUUCCCUCCAUCAGCUCACUGCUGCUGUUCAACACCUCAGAGAACUUAUAUAAGCAAUACACAAUGCUGGAUCCUUUGGGAGUGGUGAAGAAGACACGUACAGCGAUGGAGGAAGAGAGUGAAAUCGAUGCGGCCCCCACCACAAUCACCACCAACGAGGGGCUACAGGGACAGAAGGUGGACGACAUCUCCUUCAAACCGGUCAUUGUCGACUUCCCAGAGAUUGCUGUCCCCGACUUCCUGCCCAACCUACCAGGUGUUGCUGAUGAUCUCUCCUUUGUAUUAGACCAAGAAAAAUCCAUAGCCCCGUCUGUCCUGGGCAGUAACAUUCCUGACUUACCCUCAGUGAUCCCUGAAGAAACUCUUCCCUCUGUUCCUGAAAUAUCCCAGGCCCCUCCCAGUGUGGAUGCACCACCUCCCCCUGGUGCUCCACCCCCACCUCCACCCCCUUCUGCUCCAGCCCCACCCCCUCCUGGGGCACCCCCACCUCCUCCCCCUCCACCUACAGCCCCAGAAGCUCCCCCUCCCCCACCCCCGGGACCUCCAAGUGCAGUACCAGAUUCGGCGCCUGCCGAAGUUGCCCAGCCAAGUGACACUAGGUCUAGUUUACUGGAUGCCAUACGUAAGACGGGAGGUGUAGGUGGAGCCAAGCUAAAGAGUGCCAAAGAUAGGAAAUUAGAGAAGAAGAAAAAGAAAGAAGAGAAAGAGGUGGUGGCCCCAAGUGGUGGGGGUGGGGGCGAUUUGAUGAGUGACCUCUUCACCAGACUGACCAUGAGAAGGAAAGGGAUUUCAGGGGGAGGUGGGGGAGGAGGCAAGGGAGGUAAUGAAAGCUCUGAUGCUCCACCUCCACCCCCGACUGGGGGCGGUGGUGCAAUGGACAAGAUUGCUUCUAUGAUACCGCCUCCCCCAAAGUCUGGUGGUGGUGGGGGUGGGGAUGAUGAUGAUGAUGACUGGGAGUAGGGUUGUUCAGAAUUGUACUCAGGACAGUGAGGGUCAUUCAUUGUUAAAGAGUGUUUUUGAGCUUCACCAAAAUUUAAACCAGAUGAGUGCUAUUGUCAUAUUGCAUAUACAGUACAGCUGCUAGCUGUUUCAUGUUUCAUAAUUGUUGAUCAUGAAUUUUCCAGGCUAUUUUAUUUCAUUUCAUUAAGUUUGUGGUUUCUGAUCUUUAUUGUUACAUACAUAUUUUUCUGGUAUAUACAAAUGAAUGUGA